GUCAUUGUGGGAAAUGUAAAUGUUGCUAUAACUACUAAAACCUUGGUGACUGAUCUAAACAGAAGGGAGAGCCUACCCAGUCUCCUGAGACCAUAUCAAGCAAGUCUGUAGAUAAUGUCUGUGGAAAAGAUGACAAAAGUAGAAGAGAAUUUUCAAAGGGCCACAAGACUUAAGAGGAUGGUCAACAGGUGGCAAAAUUCACAUACUCACUGUCUGUGGCAAAUGACAUUGAACCAGAGGAGAAACCCAUAUGCCACACUAAGAAUGCAGGAGACCAUGGCACAGGAGUCAACACAGGCCAACAAGCAGCUGCUGGUGGUCCGUCAAGCUGCCAUGCACCAGCUGUUGGAAAAGGAGCACCAGCAGUACCAGCAGGAACUAAAUCAGAUGGGCAAAGCUUUUUAUGUGGAGAGACUGUGACGCAUCUGAAACGCUGUUCUUCCAUUCUCAUCACACCUGCCAAAAUAGCCUUCUUGAGCCUUUACCACCUUGAACUUCCUCCCAAAACAUUCCUGAACCUAGUGACCUGCCUAGAAUUUAAGAAAACGUUGCACUCUCACCUCUUCACUCUCCUGUCAAUUCUCUGCCACUCUUUGGAAAACAAUCUAUCAAAUAAUGGUUAAAAACAAGAGGGACACCUUGUGGCCGGAGCAGGAUAUGCAGGGUUGAUGUAAGAGGGAGGGAAGGGAUGGGAGAUUUGAGAACCCCACCUCCAUUUAACAAAUAAAGCUAGCUCUUAAAAGUUCA